AUGGUCAUCCUUCUUGCACUGCUACUACUACUACUGCUGUCAUCUUCUUGUCACUUUCCUUGCUGCUCUGCCUUUGUGCCAUCCACAUCCCUUGCUGUCAAGCCAGACUGGUCGAAACAGGAACAACGAUUGCGAAGACUCAAGAUGCCGCCAUUAUUGGAUCCUUCCUCAUCGGCUGGUCACGAUGUCGUAGACAGUCAAGCAUGCAAUGGCUACUGGUGUCUGUUGUUUGGAGGAGGAAAGCAACAUGCUGGUAUGCUCCCCACGGCCAUGGCGAGUGGUACUAGUAGUUUCCUGACAACAUCGUGGAAAAACAAGAGUAGUCUCGUGACGACGCUCGUCACCAUUCUGUUACUGUGCGCCGCCACCAUGUUCUAUAUGCACGUCUUGAAUCCCAGUUUUGGCCGCGGCAUGCAACGGAUCUUUCAAUUCUGGACAUCUGUCACUCCGUGGAUUGUCGAAUACAAAUCCAUUCAAUGGAAUUUGCGGAGGUUACCGCCAGAGACCAACCAACACCGAAUGAAAGCAUUUCAUCAAAAGACAGCACCCAAAGCCAUUGCCCUCGUGCAACGCAUGGGCGGCAUUUACGUCAAAAUGGGACAAGUACUGAGUACCAUCGGCGUAGGAAUCCUACACGAUGACUAUAUUCAAGCCUUACGGCCAUUGCAAGAUGGCAUUCCACCACGCCCUAUACAGGAAAUGGCCGCCAUUUUCCAACAGUCCACGGGACAACGCAUUGAAGAUGUCUUUGAAUGGAUGGAUUCGUCUCCCAUUGGAGCGGCCAGUAUUGGACAAGCCCACAAGGCCGUUCUCAAAAAGAACAACCCCAAUGACCCCGACGAUGUCGUCAUUGUCAAAAUACAAUACCCGCAAGUAGCCGAACAAUUCACGGCCGAUCUCAACAAUCUCGAGUUGUGUCUGAAAAUUGUCCAACCGGGAUGCGAUGACAUGAUGCGGGGAUUGCGAGAACGACAUUCCCGCGAAUUGGAUUUUCGCGAGGAAGCCCAGCAUUUGAGAGAAUGUGCCGACAAUAUGAAGCGCCAUCAAUUGGAACCGGCUCACAUUCGCAUUCCGAUGGUCCGCAAUGAAACGGGACUUUGUACGCAACACGUCCUCGUUAUGGAAUAUUUGCAAGGGACCACGCUGCAUGCGGCCAUUGCACAAGAACAAGAUCGCAUGGCGCGGGCAUUGGGGCAGGAAGGUGGUGGAGAUGCAUUGCGAGAAUUUAUAUUGGAACAAAUUGGGGAGCAUUUGGAACAGACACAUGCACAUGAUGAGAAUGAUACUCAUCAUCAUGACAACAAAGGCGGUGGUGAUUGGAGUGCCAUUAGUGCCGGGGGUGGAGCCGACUUGAACCCAUUGCAACGAAUCGCCAUGGGACCCGUGGGAGCGGCUGUCUUUCGGACCUAUGUCGGUGUUAGAAAUGGACUGGACAAUCUACGACAGGGUGUAGUCGAUGUACUGCUUUUGCCAAGUACAGAACAUCGACAGAAACGGCGGCAACAACGACAACAACGGAGACCCAUUCAUCAUAACAUGGGAAAGAUCCUCAAGACUCUGGUCCAUGUUCAUGGAUUGCAAAUUCUGCGGGAUGGAGUCUACAAUGCGGAUCCUCAUCCAGGCAAUGUCUUGAUACUGCCAGACGGUCGAUUGGGGCUGAUUGACUAUGGAAUGGUGGGACGAGUUACCAACGAACAACGCAAAUCAAUAGCCAAAACCAUACUGGCAUUGCAUAAACACGACAAACAAGCCGUUACAGACAUUUACAAGGAAGCUGGAUACAGGGCUUCCUGGAAAGAAGGCAAUGUCUUGGAUGAUGUCCAUAUUUUGCAUAGAUUUGCCAGCUUUCACUUUGAUAGGUUUGAUUUGUCACCGGUCCACGUGUUGGCAAAAGAUACUGCCGACGAGGACGAACAGCAACGACAAGCAGACCAUAACAAAAUGCAUCACAAGAACAACAAAGAGCAUCAUGGCAAACACCAGUUUCAUUUGCCCAGAUUUCGGCAUCCCCGGAAACCCAUGAACGUGUUGACUGUCCUUGAAACAACCAUAGAACAGUCCGUGCCAGACUGGGUAGAGCAAGGUCGACGACUGGCAGGACUAUUGUGUGGGGUUUCUCUACAAGCAGGAAGGCCCUUGUCCCUGGCCAAAGAAUGGCAUGCCAUUGCAGAGGAUGUCAUGCAAGAGCCUGACGAAGGGAUGGAGAACAAUUCGGCAGAUCAACAGGUCCAAUGA